AUGAUGGAAAGAAUAAGAAAAGAGAUGAUCCUGAUGGAGAGAGGGCUGCACAGCCCUACAGCUGGCAAAAGGCUCUCGAAUUUGUCAGACUCAGCUGGAAAUGCGGUGUUGGAGGCCCUUGAAAAUUCUCCGCACAGUGGUCGCCUCAGCCCGAGACUGACUGCCGCCUCCCUGCACAGCGCUAUAGGGGACAUCUCCUCCAAAGGCAAAUUUGAAAUAGACACUUUAUUCAAUCUCCAGCAUCCGAGCAGUGAAAGCACUGUCUCCUCCGAAAUCCCGCCGUCGGAAAGCAGGAAGAAAAUCAGCCUUUAUUCCGAAGUUGCUCAAGAGGCAGAUAUGAACAGUGAUGUGGAGGUGGGCUGCUCCGCGCUCCGCUCCCCUGCCAGCCUGACUUCCUCCCAGCUGAAGGAAAACAGUAACAAAGGCUACGCGGAGAGCAGCCCGACUCCCAGCGCCCCCGCCGCCACCGCCGCCCCCUCCGCCGGCAUCGGCAGCCUGCACAGCGGCGGCGCGCUGGGCGGCUCGGCGGCGGGGGCCGACCAGGUGCGCCGGUACCGCACCGCCUUCACCCGGGAGCAGAUCGCCCGCCUGGAGAAGGAGUUCUACCGCGAGAACUACGUGUCGCGGCCGCGGCGCUGCGAGCUGGCCGCCGCCCUCAAUCUCCCCGAAACCACCAUCAAGGUGUGGUUCCAGAACCGGCGGAUGAAGGACAAGCGGCAGCGCCUGGCCAUGUCCUGGCCCCACCCGGCCGACCCCAGCUUCUACACCUACAUGAUGACCCACGCGGCGGCCACGGGCAGUCUGCCCUACCCUUUCCACUCCCACGUCCCGCUCCACUACUACCCGCACGUCGGGGUCACGGCCGCCGCCGCUGCCGCCGCCGCCUCGGGGGCCGCCGCCGCGCCCUUCGCCACCUCCAUCCGCCCGCUGGACACUUUCCGCGCCCUCUCGCACCCCUACUCCCGCCCGGAGCUGCUCUGCAGUUUCCGACACCCCGGUGGAACCGGGCGGCCGGAGGGCGGAGGGGAAGGGGGAGCCUGGCUACGAGACCGGCAGUGGCCACGACCGCGCCUGACACCGCCCGCGCCCGAAAUACCGCACAGCUCCGGGCUGGGCUACGCGGGGGGGAGCGGAGCCUCCGCGGGGGGCUCCGAGAAGCCGGUGCUGCGCUCCCAGGUUGACAGUAGGUUGUUUUUAACAAUUCGAGCUGGAAGUGCAGGAACGUUUACAAAUGGAGCCAGCUCGCAGAUCCCCCGGUUAAAUAAACCUCCGGGCACCGUCCUUUCAGGACCAAAGCGGGGGGGUUGGGGAGAACACCCCCUGGCAGGACAGGCCAGGGAUAGCAGCUCCCCUCCCCGGAUGGUGCCAGCCUGGCCUGACCGCCAUCACUGGCCCGUCCUCUCCCGCACCUCUUCUGGCUUCUACCUACGCGACACGAAGUUUAAAUCAGGCUGCCAGAGGACAGGCCCCUUCUGGAUGUUCCCCGAAACGGGAUUCUUCUUUUCCUCCUUCCGUGCCCGAAGCGUCGGGACCGUAACUCGCCCUGAGGACGGCGAGUCCCUUUCCGAACCCCCUCACCUGCGGCCCAGGGGAUUUAGGAGCGGGACGAACGGGGAGGCGCCCUCCGGCUCCCGCACUCUAGGGGACAAAAAACUUUGCCCUUCUAAAACGUCAUAG